AUGGUCGACCGCUCAAAGAAACCCACUGCCCUCUCCACAACACCAGGUCUCCCUCCUCAAGCCCAGGUGAACAUCACGCACGAACAUUCUCGUGUUUCAGCGGUGCUGCCGACAGGGGAGAGCGUCGAGGUGCUGCUGUAUGGAGCGACGAUCAUCAGCUGGAAGGACGGGGAUGGCCAGGAGAGACUGUGGUUGAGUGAGGUGGCCAAGCUGGAUGGGUCCAAGGCUGUGAGGGGUGGUGUGCCGUUGGUUUUCCCGGUCUUCGGAACAGCCCCCGAUCACGCCGAAACCUCCAAGCUCCCCCAGCACGGCUUUGCACGAACCUCUCGCUGGGAGUUCUUAGGCAAAAGCACCUCCGAAUCCUCCUCCCUCCCUUCCUCUUCCGCAGGGGAUGACAGCGUAAAGCUCGACUUUGGUCUCAGCCCCAGCAACUUGAGCGAAGAAAGCAAGAAAGCAUGGCCGUAUGCAUUCGGACUGAUCUACAGUGUCACGCUGAGCAGAGAGGGUCUGAACACCAGCCUGGUAGUGAGAAACGAGGGAGAGACAGCAUGGGAGUUCCAGACUCUGAUGCAUACCUACUUCAGAGUCAAGGACAUCUCAGCCGUCUCGGUAGCAGGCCUCGAAUCCUCGCCGUACAGUGACAAAGUCGCUCCUCGCGCAGAGCCUUACACGUCAGACGGUUCAGCGAUUUCCGUCUCCUCGAAGAUCGACAGAGUGUACACUCCCGCUGGAGGCCCAACUUCAGCAGUAGUCAUUUCCGAGGGAGGAAAGAAGAAGUACACCCUUGUACGAGACAACCUAAACGAGGUCGUAGUUUGGAACCCGUGGGAGGAAGAUGCGGCCAAACUCGCGGACUUUUCGCCAAACGAGGGUUACAAGGAGAUGAUCUGUGUAGAGGCCGGUGCUGUUAAGGGAUGGCAGAAGCUGGAGCAGGGAGAGACGUGGGAGGGUGGCCAACAGGUCAUCGUUGCUCAGAACUGA